AUUUAAGAAUUUGUCAUGAAGAUGGAAACCGCAUUUUUCCGAAGAUUGCUUAAAUAUAUAAGGGCGACAAAAACAUUUCUGAACGAGCUCAGCGAGACUGGUGCGGGGUGUGUAUCACGAGCGACGGCGAUCAAGUUUUUGUUGGCGCGCAAGUUCGAUGUUGGGAGGGCCCACGCGCUCUGGAGGCAGCAUGAGGCCACGCGUCGAAGGGAGGGACUCAACAAGUUUGAACCGUUCGAGGUCCCACUUAAAUCAGAACUCGAAACCGGCAAAUUUACUAUACUGCCAACCAGAGAUGCGACCGGUGCUGCCAUUGCCGUGUUCACAGCGAACAAACACUUCCCCUCACAGACUACGCAUCAAACAACACUACAGGGUGUGGUGUACCAGUUGGACGUGGCCUUACAAUCGCUGGAGACUCAGCGAGCCGGCCUGGUCUUCAUCUACGACAUGACCGACUCCAAAUACACCAACUUCGACUACGAGCUGUCGCAGAAAAUAUUGACUAUGUUAAAGGGUGGUUAUCCGGCCAAAUUGAAGAAGGUAUUAAUAGUGACGGCGCCGCUUUGGUUCAAGGCUCCUUUCCGGAUACUUCGGUUGUUCGUUAGAGAGAAGUUACGGGAACGCGUGCACACGGUUAGCGCGCCGCAACUUGGCGCGCACGUGCCGCGAUCUAGCCUGCCCAAGCAACUGGGUGGCUUACACGACACUGAUCACACCACUUGGUUGGAAUAUUGCAAAAACUCUUACAUAAACAACAUUCAGAACUCUAAAUUGGAUGGCGUUAUCGAUGAAUAUGUAAUCAGUAACCACAUACCGCCCGUCGAACCGCAAAAUGGUAUAAUAGAGCAUCAGAGUGACAUGACAAGCGAUCGCGCAGUCAGACUCGGAGAUACAGGGACCAAAAUGCACAUCAGCGGCGACCCGCCGUACACGUGCGACCCGAGCCCUUUGAGGCACUCGCAUGGGUAUAACGGCGAUACUAAAAGCAGACACAUUAACUCCGGCGACGAGGAUGAUAUAGACAUAAGCACGCGCGGCACGUGGUCGUCGGGCGAGCUGUCCCCCGGGCUGUCGGACGAGGAGUGCGCGGCGGGGGGCGCGGGCGGCGCGGGGGAGACGCCGGCGGCGCUGCUGGCCCGCCUGCGGCUCGUGCGGCGCCGGGGCCUCGUCGCAGAGUACGACGAGAUACGGUCCCGCCCGCCCGUCGGAACCUUCCACAACGCCAAGUUGCCGAGCAACCUAGCCAAGAACCGCUAUACGGACGUGCUGUGCUACGACCACUCGCGCGUGCUGCUCUCGCAGACCGACCCGGACGACCCCACCACGGACUACAUCAACGCUAACUACGUCGACGGUUACAAACAGAAGAACGCCUACAUUUGUACACAGGGUCCUCUACCGAAGACGUUCGGCGACUUUUGGCGCAUGGUGUGGGAGCAGGGCACCGUCGUGAUAGUGAUGACCACGCGCGUGAUGGAGCGCGGGCGCGUCAAGUGCGGGCAGUACUGGCCCGCGGCGGCCGGCGCCAGGCAGCAGCACGGGCCCUACGCCGUGCUCGCCGAGGACGUGAUCCAGCACGACGACUACACGAUCAGCUCGCUGGUGCUGACGGAGCUGCGCACGGAGCAGGUGCGGCGCGUGUGGCACGGCCAGUACACGCGCUGGCCGGACUACGGCGUGCCGGGCGGCGGCGGGGGCGGCGGGGCGGCGGGGGCGCGCGCGCUCCCAGUGCUGCGGUUCAUGCAGCUCGUGCGCCGCGCGCAACAACGAGGACUCGCCGAGUUGGGAGACGCGUGGGCCGGACACAGCAAAGGGCCACCUAUCGUCGUCCACUGCUCGGCCGGCAUCGGACGGACAGGCACGUUCCUGACGCUGGACACGUGCGCGGCGCGGCUGGAGGCGGAGGGCGCGGCGGACGUGCGCGGCACGGUGGAGCGCAUCCGGUCGCAGCGCGCGCACUCCAUACAGAUGCCCGACCAGUACGUGUUCUGUCAUCUCGCCCUCCUCGAGUACGCGGUUAUUAAUGGAUAUUUAGAAUCUGCCGAUCUGACUGGCUUCGACGAUGAGAACGAUGAGGAGUCCGAAUAAGGAAGGUCGCGGCCGCCGCCUGCCCGUCCCGCGCCCCCCCACCCCCCAUGGUCUAACCUCGCGUUAAUUAUGAACGUUACACAGUUCGCGACGUAUCGAUUACUCAGUUCUCGUGAUCACGUUAUGUGUUAUUUGUAAAUAUUUGCGUCAACUACCGUCUAAUAGUUAAUUGAAUAGUGCACACGUUCUGUUACACACAGAAAGGAACCGACAGUAUCCCGUGGUCUGGCAGUUCCGCUACAGUGUCUCUGGUGGCAAAGAGAUGUGUUCACUAGGAUAGCGGGAGCACACCCGCACACCCGCAACCACAAUAUCGGGUCUCGGUAAACAAACCUCGUAAUUCAAGUAUUUUACCUUGCAUAUUAUGAAUUCUUUGUAACCAAAAAUCUUUCCAUAAUUAAUUUUAAUGAUUAUUAUUUUAUUUAUUAAUACGUAAAUAGUGUAUGGCUGUGUGAGUUUUGUAUGUAUGUAGUAUGUGUAAAAUUGUUUAUUCGCGUGCGUGAACAUUUUGUUGUUGACGUCACUGAACAUUGUAACAAAACAUUACCUGGUCUGGAUGCUGUUAAAAUAGGCCAUUUUAGAACUAUCUUACGCAACAAAAAUUACGUGUAGCGUCCGAGAAACAAUCUAGUUAAUUUAAUUGUUGUACACAAAACUAAUACAAAAUAAAACAUAUAUAAGAUUUGAUUUAUCGUUUUUAUAAUAAGGUACAAAAUGGAUUAAUAUUAAAUUAAAAAUGUAAUUGUUCUACUCUUUUCAUUUCGUUGUCCAGUGUUUCAGAAUCGCUGAACAGAAAGUACAAUUGUAAGAUGGUGCUUAUGCCAACGGUACUCUGUACAAAAGGGUUCUUAAAUGUUGGUAUCUUUAGUUAUGACAGCAUUGAGAACGUGAAGAACGUGUGAUAGUGUAGUCCGGUGCUGGUGGGCCCCCGCCGGGUCCCCUGUGCCCACACGCCGUUUCAAUACAAGCUCGCAUUAUAUAGCACCCGGAAUGUGUCGUUGAGUUCAUCACAUGCAAGUUUGUCCCAUCGCAUCAUGUCGAAGUACGGUUACGAAUUAUUACUAAUAUUUAAAUUUUAUAUAAAUAUAGACUGAGUAAUGUUAAUGUGCUCUAAAAUUUCACAAGCAGCACUCGAACAGUGGGAUCUUAGCCAAUUUAGUUACAUUCGAUAUAGCUAAACGUAAACAAAUAAACUAUAAGGUACUGUAAGCAAAAACAAUAAUGCAUAUAAUAGUGAAUGUAAUAUAUUUGAUUGCAACAAAUUAUUAAUUUUCCGUAUGAUUGUAGGAACACUUCGAAAUCACUAUCAGAGUAUUGCUCUUUAUAUGUAUGUAUAUAUAAAAAAAACCGUCCUUGCGCAACUGACAUAUCGGUAUACUGUGCGAUCAAAAUAAGAACAGGAUUAACCAUUCGCCAUGUUGGAUUAUAAAAUAUUUAAAUAAAAUUUUAUGACUUUAUUCUAAAUCGCAAACGCGGAUUUAAUAUAUUUAUUCUAAUUUCAACUAAGGAGCAUGUAAAUAUAUAUAUUUUUUUGCAAAUCGUACUUAUGAAGUGACAUUUGACGGCCCAAGGUCAUUCGUGUUCUUAUUUCGGUCGCCCGUGCUGACGUCACACAGAACAAGCACGGUUUCCCCUGAGCAGAUUUGUUGAAUCUCUCUUGUUCGAGCGAUGAGCGUUCGAAUCGUCGAGAAGCGUCGACUCGGCCGGCCCUUGUUGUGUUGCGAGUGCACGUUAAAUAUUUGUAUUGUUGUAAUUAAUUCUGAUUGAUGUAUCGUGUUACACCGCUUACGUGCGCGUGCGUACAAGGCGAGCGCAUUCGCAGCGAGCGGGCACAUUCGGGCGCGCCAACAUUUGAGACCGUCAGUGCAAAAGUGGCCUAAUCCACAAUCUUUCGAAUUCGUGCAAUUUAUUUAAAACACUAGCGGCCCGCCCUCGCUUCGCUUAGGAAACUGUAAUUUAUUAUUGAUUUCUCCACUAUUUAAUGGAU